AUGGGAGUUGCAUAUCAUUAUGCAGAUUUCACGGACCGCCUUGAGGGAUUUAUCCUCAGGAGGAGAGCCAAGAGCAUCCCAGAACACCCCUCCAGUCCCUGCAGCUCCUCCAUCUGCACAGUGGAGCUGGACGGACCAGCCAGAAUGUGGAGAGCGGUGCCACUCCAACUCUUUCUCCUAUUAUUUUGCUGGCUUACUUUGCAUCAAUCACAAGGAUGUGAACUUGGGCAGUUCCGUUGUGGGACAGGCCGAUGCAUCCCGUGGGACUGGCACUGCGACGGGACAUCCGACUGUCCGGAUGACACUGAUGAACAAGAAUGCCCUCAGAUAACAUGUGAUGACAGUCACUUCCAGUGUUUAAGUGACGGAGAGUGUAUCCCAGAAGUAUGGGUGUGCGAUGAUGAAGAGGACUGUGAAGAUGGUUCAGACGAGAGGCAAAACUGUCCUGGGAGAACGUGCACUAGUGGACAGUUCAGCUGUAGUAAUGGGGCAUGCAUACCAGCUGAGUACCGAUGCGACCAUCUGUCUGAUUGCACCGACGGUUCUGACGAGAGAAAUUGCAAUUACUCAGAGUGCGCAGAGCUUAGAUGUGCUAAUGGUGCCUGCUACAACCGGACCCAGAGAUGUGACCACAUACUUGAUUGUCGAGAUGGUUCUGAUGAAGCAAAUUGCACACAGCACUGCAGUACAGGCCUGUUUCCGUGUCAUAAUGGAAUGUGUGUCCCUCAACGUUAUAUUUGUGACCAUGACGAUGACUGUGGUGAUCGAAGUGAUGAACUCAACUGCACAUAUCCUCCAUGCAGGGGCAAUUACUUUACAUGCCCCAGUGGUCGCUGUAUUCAUCAAGUAUGGCUUUGUGAUGGAGAAGACGAUUGUGAGGACAAUGCAGAUGAAAAAGGAUGUGAAAACGCACAUCACGAAUGUUACCCAGGACAGUGGGCAUGCCCGUCUACUGGUGUGUGUAUCCCCAUGGAUCAGCUGUGUGAUGGGACACCUCACUGCUCUGAAGGAGAGGACGAAACCAACGCCACUGCAGGAAGAAAUUGCAGUGUCUGGAGAUGUUCUUCUCUGAGUUGUGAGCAUCGCUGUCAUCCUUCCCCUGUUGGAGGAACCUGUACCUGUCCUUCAGGAUACAUAGUCAACAGCAAUGACAGUCGCUCAUGUAAAGAUUUUGAUGACUGCUCAAUGUGGGGAGUGUGCGACCAGCUCUGCGAGGACCGUAUUGGUUCCCAUCGCUGUAGCUGCAGCGAGGGUUAUAUCCUGGAACAGCAUCGAUUCUGUCGAGCCGACACCUCGUAUGGAGUUCCUUUAUUAGUCUUUUCCAAUGGCCGAGACCUGCUAAUUGGUAACACCCAUGGCAACAGCCUGCGUACUUUGGUACAAUCCCAGAACAGAGGGGUUGCAGCAGGAGUGGACUUUCAUUAUGAUCGCCAUAAGAUUUUCUGGACUGACACUAUACAGAAUAAGGUGUUUUCUGUGGACAUGGACGGGUCCAAUAUGCAGGUGGUUUUAAAUGUAUCAGUUGACUACCCCGAGAACCUGGCUGUGGAUUGGGUGAACAAUAAACUGUAUGUGGUGGAGGCCAGUGUCAACAGGAUCGACAUGGUGGACUUGGAUGGAAGUAACCGGGUCACGCUCAUCACCGAGAACUUGGGUAACCCUAGAGGACUGGCGGUGGACCCCACUGUUGGCUAUAUGUUCUUCUCAGAUUGGGAGGCUGUUAAUGGACAACCCGGACUUGAACGGGCCUACAUGGAUGGAACUAACCGUUAUGGGAUCAUCAGAAGUAAACUCGGUUGGCCAGCUGGCAUCACACUAGAUAUCGAGGCCCAGCGCAUUUACUGGGUUGACAGUCGCUAUGACUACAUUGAAACCGCAACGUAUGAUGGUCUUCAUAGGAAAACUGUUGUCCAUGGAGGUGCUGUGGUACCCCACCCAUUUGGGAUUAGUUUAUUUGAGCACAAUGUGUAUUUCACUGACUGGACAAAGAUGGCCGUCAUGAAAGUCAACAAGUUUACAGACACAAGCCCUCAGAUUGUAUAUGCUACAUCGCAGACCCCACAUGGAGUGGCAGUAAUACAUCAUCUCAAGCAGCCACAUGUGACUAAUCCUUGCAGUGAAAACAGAGGUGGCUGUGAUCAGAUCUGCGUUUUGAGUCACAGGAGUGACAACGGAGGGUUGGGCUACCGUUGCAAGUGUCGCUUAGGCUAUGACCUCCACACGGAUGGCAAGAAAUGUCUGGCCGUGAGGCAAUUUCUCCUCUUUUCCAGUCAGUUGGCUGUUAGAGGGAUACCUUUCAACCUCUCAUCUCAGGAAGACAUCAUUCUGCCUAUCACUGGAUCACCAUCCUACUUUGUUGGGGUGGACUUUAGUGCUGAGGAUGAUGCCAUCUUCUUCUCAGACACAGCUAAAGAUAUUAUUUACAAACAGAAAGUGGAUGGGACUGGCAGGGAGGUGCUGGCUGCCAACAGAGUGGACAGUGUGGAGGACCUGGCUUACGACUGGAUUUCUAAAAAUCUCUACUGGACUGACCCGCGAUACAGGAGCAUAUCUGUCAUGAAGGUUACUGAUAAGUCUAGGCGGGCUAUCAUACAGAACCUCAACAACCCGAGGGCCAUCGUGGUCCAUCCUCUCGUCGGAUAUAUUUUUUGGACUGACUGGUACCGCCCAGCAAAGAUUAUGAGAGCUUGGGGCGAUGGGUCACAUGCCCUUUCUAUUGUAAACACUACUCUUGGCUGGCCUAAUGGUCUCGCUAUUGACUGGAGCUCCAUGCGUUUAUAUUGGGUGGAUGCCUUCUUUGACAAAAUAGAGCACAGCAAUUUUGACGGACAUAACAGGCUUUCUUUGGACCGCAUUACUCAGAUGUCCCAUCCUUUUGGCCUCACCAUUUUUGAAGGUUAUGCAUAUUACACUGACUGGCGCCUGGGUGGUAUUGUCCGCGUCCGCAAGACCGAUGGUGGAGAAAUGGUGGUUAUCCGAAGAGGGAUCAGCCACAUCAUGCAUGUCAAAUCUUUCAACUCCAACAUACAGAUUGGCUCGAACCCCUGCAACAGGCCGACAAAUCCAAAUGGAGACUGCAGCCACUUUUGCUUCCCAGCACCCAUUUCUCAGAGGGUGUGUGGGUGUCCCUACGGCAUGAAGCUGUCCCUUAACCAGCAGACAUGUGCAGAGGACCCUUCCAGUGAGCCCCCAACCCUGCAAUGCGGCGCUAACUCCUUCUCCUGUGGAAACGGCAAAUGUGUCCCUAACACGUAUCGAUGUGAUGGUGUUGAUGACUGCCAUGACAACAGCGAUGAGACGAAUUGUGGCAUCAACAACACCACUUGCGCCCCUUCUGCAUUCACCUGCGCUAAUCGGCGUUGUGUGCCAGCCUCAUGGCGUUGUGAUGGCCACAACGACUGUCUGGAUGACAGCGACGAGGCUGACUGUCCGACACACGUUCCUGGAACCUGCCCGGCCAAUCAGUUUUUGUGCUCCAACCACCGCUGCAUCCCGCUAACAUGGCGCUGUGACACAGAUAACGACUGUGGUGACAGUUCAGAUGAGGCUGACUGUCAUCUGAGUAGCACAUGCCAUCCAGACCAAUUUCAGUGUCCAGACCACCGUUGCAUAGCCCCCAGCUAUGUCUGUGAUGGUGAUCGGGACUGUGUGGAUGGCGCAGAUGAGCAAGGAUGCAUCUACAACUGCACUGUGACUGAGUUCAAGUGCUCCCGCAGUCACCAGUGCAUUAACUCCUUCUACCGAUGUGAUGGUGUCUUUGACUGCACCGAUCGCUCAGAUGAGCAAGGAUGCCCCACAAGGCCCCCAGGCAUGUGCCAUCACGAGAGCGAGUUCCAGUGCCAGUCAGACGGCAGCUGUGUCCCAUCCACCUGGGAAUGUGAUGGUCACGCGGACUGCGAGGACGGCAGCGACGAGCACCACGCCUGCCCGCCUCGCACCUGCCCUUCGGCACUCUACCGUUGUGAUAACGGCAACUGCGUAUUGCGCAGCUGGCUGUGCGACGGCGACAACGACUGCAGAGACAUGAGCGAUGAGCGCAAUUGUCCCACACCGCCUUUCCGAUGCCCGAGCUGGCAGUGGCAGUGUCCCGGCUACAGUAUGUGCAUCAACCUCACAGCAGUGUGUGACAACUCUCCUGAUUGUCCUAAUGGUGCAGACGAAUCUCCACUCUGCAACGAGCCUUUGCCAGAUCAAGAAAGCUGCUCAGACAACAAUGCUGGAUGCACGCAUGGUUGUAUCCAAGGGCCCUUUGGCGCCCAGUGCACUUGCCCUAUGGGCUAUCAACUUAGUAAUGAUUCCAAAACCUGUGAGGAUAUAGACGAAUGUCAUUCUCCUGGACUAUGUAGCCAGCAUUGUUUUAACGAAAGAGGUUCUUUCCGCUGCCACUGCCACGACGGUUACACCCUCGAAGAAGAUCAGCGGACCUGCAAGGCCUCAGAUUCUCGUCAAGCCUUCUUGUUGGUAGCCAGUCGAAAUCACAUAGUCCAAGAUGACAUCACUACGCAGCCCAAUGUGGUGCAUUCGCUGAUCCGGGAUGGACGCAACAUCGUGGCCCUUGACUUUGACUCUGUCACUGACCGUGUGUACUGGUCAGACACGAGCCAGGACAGGAUCUGGAGUGCUCAUAAAAAUGGCAGUGAUAGAACUGUGAUAUUUGACAGUGGAGUGACGGUAACCGAGAGCCUCGCUGUGGAUUGGGUGGGCAGGAACCUCUACUGGAGUGAUUACGUUUUGGAGACAAUUGAGGUUUCCAGACUAGAUGGUACUCACCGGACGGUGUUGGUCAGCGAAAACAUCACCAACCCUAGAGGGCUGGUGUUGGACCCAAGAGACAGUGCUCACCUGAUGUUUUGGACUGACUGGGGGAAGAACCCCCACAUUGAAAGAGCCAGCAUGGAUGGGAAAAUGAGAACCAUUAUCAUAAGCAACAAACUGUACUGGCCCAACGGUCUUACUAUAGAUUAUCCCAACAACUUGCUGUACUUUGCCGAUGCGUAUUUGGAUUUCAUUGACUACUGCGAUUAUAAUGGCAAAAAUAGAAAACAAGUCCUGGCCAGUGACCUGGUUCUUCAACAUCCUCACGCAAUUACCAUUUUUGAGGAUUUUGUGUAUUGGACUGACAGAUAUAUCAAUCGCGUGAUGCGAGCCCAUAAGUGGCAUGGGGCGAACCAGACCGUGAUGCUGUUCAACCUUCCUCAGCCCAUGGGUCUUGUGGCAGUGCAUCCAGCUCGGCAGCCAGCAGGAAACAAUCACUGCUUCCAGAACCCAUGCACUCACAUUUGCCUGCUCUCAGCCAUUGGACCAAGGUUCUACUCAUGUGCAUGCCCCUCUGGGUGGAUUCUGGCUGAGGACCAAGUCACGUGUACCAGAAUUGAGGAUCCUUUCUUGGUGGUGGUGAGAGAUAGCAUUAUUUACGGAAUUUCCUUGAACCCGAAUGACAAAAGCAAUGAUGCUAUGGUGCCUGUGGCUGGGCUUCAGAAUGGCUACGAUGUUGACUUUGACGACAGUGAACAGACCCUUUACUGGGUUGAGCAUCCAGGUGAGAUCCACAGAGUGAAAUCAGAUGGAACCAAUAGGACAGAGUUUGCUCCGGCAGCCAUUCUAGGAUCCCCUGUGGGUCUGGCCCUGGACUGGAUAACUGAAAACCUCUAUUAUACUAAUCCGUCAACACAGUCUAUUGAGGUUUUGAGGCUGAAAGCGAUGUUACAGUACAAGAAAACUCUCAUCACUAAUAAUGGCUCUCCAACUGGCGCUGGCAGUCCUAUCGGCAUUGCUGUCGACCCGGCACGUGGCAAAUUAUACUGGACUGAUCAAGGGACGGAGAGUGGAAUCCCUGCCAAGGUGGCAUCUGCGGACAUGGAUGGCUUGAACCCUGUGACGCUAUUCACCAAUAAUCUGGACCACAUAGAGUUCAUUACUGUGGACAUCCAAGAGAACAAACUAUAUUGGGCUGUGGCAAGCAGUGGCAUGAUUGAACGUGGAGAUCCAGAUGGGACUAACCGCGUCACCAUCGUGUCAGGUCUUGCUCACCCCUGUGGUGUCGCCAUCUAUCAAAACUUCCUGUACUUCACCGACCGUGACUUUGAGGUCAUAGAGCGCGUGGACAAGAACACAGGCUCUGACAGGGUCGUGCUACGGAACAACGUGCCAGGACUCCGAGUUUUGAAAGUCCAUUAUCGAGAUACCCAAGCAGGCACAACCAACGGCUGUACCAACAACAUAUCUGCAUGCGAGCAUCUGUGCCUACCUCGCCCGCAGGGUCUCUUCACAUGUGCCUGCGCCACAGGCUUUAAACUCAAUACUGACAAUACAACCUGCGUCCCUUAUGAGUCCUUCGUUGUCAUCUCAACAUUAUCCGCUAUUAAGGGCUUCAGUCUUGAAGCAGGAGACCACUCAGAAGCUAUGGUGCCAGUGGCUGGAAGAGGCCGUAAUGCUUUACACAUCGAUGUGCACAUGGCAUCUGGUUACAUCUACUGGUGUGACUUCAGCAGCACUGUUACAGCACAGAACGGGGUCAGAAGGAUCAAGACAGAUGGCUCUGGAUUCCGUAGUGUAGUGACAACUGGAAUAGGACGCAAUGGGAUCCGUGGCAUCGCUGUGGACUGGGCUGCAGGGAAUCUUUAUUUCACCAAUGCCUUCCUGGUGGAGACAUACAUUGAAGUUCUUCGUCUGAACAGUACUUUCCGAAGAGUACUGCUUAAAACCCAGGCGGACAUGCCACGCCACAUUGUAGUGGACCCCAGAAAUAGAUACUUAUUCUGGGCUGACUACGGCCAGAACCCUAAAAUUGAACGGGCGCUCCUGGAUGGAACAAACCGCACAAUUUUAGUGUCAUCAGGAAUAAUCACUCCUCGAGGUCUUGCUCUAGACCAAGAAACAGGCUAUGUCUACUGGGUAGACGACUCUCUUGAUAUGAUUGCCCGUGUCAGCCCCACAGGAGGGGAAACGGAAGUUGUGCGGUAUGGUAGUCGCUACCCAACUCCUUACGGGAUCACGGUGUUUGAAGGCAGUAUCAUUUGGGUGGACAGAAACCUCAAGAAAGUGUUCCAAGCUAGCAAGGAGCCCGGCAGCACAGAGCAACCUGUCGUCAUAAGAGACAACAUAAACAUGCUAAGAGAUGUUACUAUUUUUGAUCAGCACACACAGCCCUCUACAGCCCAAGAACUUAACAAUAAUCCCUGUGUGGAGGCCAACGGAGGCUGUGCUCACUUUUGCUUUGCUCUGCCAGCCACUGAUUUUGGCAACACAUCCAGGAAAUGCGCUUGUGCGUUUGGGAAUCUUGCAGCAGAUAAUGAGAACUGUGUGGUGUCAAGGGAUGACUAUCUUAUCUACACUACCGAGAGUACAGUGCGCAGUUUACGCCUGGAUCCAGAAGACCACGCUGUGCCUUUCCCUGUGGUCAAUGUGCCACGUACUUCUGUGGCAUUGGAUUUUGACCUGACUGACCGAAGAAUCUACUUCACUCAGAGCUCAGGGGCGGGAGCCAGCAAAAUCAGUUACAUCAGCCUCUCUUCUCCGACUUCACCUCCAGUGAUGGUGGCUUCAGAUCUAGGGGCCCCUGAUGGCAUUGCAUAUGACUGGAUAAAUAAAAGGAUUUACUACAGUGACUAUGCUAACCAAAGCAUCAGCUCCAUGUCUGUGAAUGGAUCUCAGAGAACUAUCAUUGCCCACGUGCCCAGGCCGAGGGCCAUCAUAUUAGAUCCUUGCAGGGGAUACAUGUAUUGGACAGACUGGGGAACCCAUGCAAAGAUCGAGCGUGCUACCUUGGGUGGGAACUUCCGAAAAGAGAUUGUGAACAGCAGUCUUGUGUGGCCCAAUGGAUUGAGUUUAGACUAUGAAGAGGAGCGGCUGUAUUGGGCUGAUGCCAGCUUACAGAAGAUUGAGCGAUCCUCUCUGACCGGAUCAAACCGUGAGGUCAUCGUCAGCACAGCCAUCUACCCCUUUGCAAUGGCAAUGUUUGGGCAGUUUAUUUACUGGACUGACUGGAACACACGUAGCAUCUACCGUGCUAACAAACACGACGGCUCUGACCAAACGGUAAUGAUUCAGAAUCUUCCUUCUCGGCCAAUGGAUAUCCAUGUUUUGGCUGUUGGGAAGCAGCAGCAGUGUUUCAGUCCUUGCGAACAGUUUAACGGAGGCUGCAGCCAUAUAUGUACACCAGGACCCAACGGAGCAGAGUGUCACUGUCCAUCAGAGGGCCAAUGGUAUCUCACUGACAAUAAGCACUGCAUUCUUGACAACGGGACUCGUUGCCAGCCGGGUCAGUUUACCUGCCUGAAUGGCCGUUGCAUUCGUGCGCAGUGGAAGUGUGACAAUGACAAUGACUGUGGGGAUGGCAGUGAUGAGCUGGAGAGAGUUUGCGGAAUCAAGACUGACUUCAGCUAUGUUGUCCCUCAGUUCCUGUCAUCAUUUGUAGCCUUGUCAGCCUUCCACACAUGUGAUCCUACCGUGUUUACCUGCGGGAACGGGCGAUGUGUGCCAUACCACUACCGUUGCGACCACUACGACGACUGCGGUGACAACAGUGAUGAGGCCGCUUGUCUCUUCAGGCAGUGUGACCCCAACACAGAGUUUGCCUGCAACAAUGGCCGCUGUAUCGCCAAGGAUUAUGUUUGCAACGGCAUUAAUAAUUGCUAUGACAAUGGCACAUCAGAUGAGAAAAACUGCCCCGAGAGAACCUGCCAGCCAGAACACACCAAGUGUCAGUCGACCAACAUCUGCAUCCCACGUUCGUACCUGUGUGAUGGAGACAACGAUUGCGGAGAUAUGAGUGACGAGAGCCCGACGCACUGUGCUACAUCGACAUGUUCCCAGAGCGAGUUCCGUUGUUCCAGCGGUCGUUGCAUACCCGCCCAUUGGUACUGUGACGGAGGGGCGGAUUGUGCCAAUGGCUCUGAUGAACCCCUCUCCUGCACAACCUUGGCCAGGACCUGCAAUUCAGAUCAGUUCCGUUGUGAUGAUGGCAGGUGCAUCGCUUCCUCCUGGAUCUGUGAUGGAGACAACGACUGUGGUGACAUGAGCGAUGAAGACCAAAGGCACAACUGCGCCAACCGCACAUGUUCGAGCACAGAGUUCACCUGUGCGAACAACCAACCGCCACAGCGCAAGUGCAUUCCUCAAGACUGGGUGUGUGACGGUGACGCAGACUGCACAGAUGCGCUGGAUGAGCAUCAGAACUGCACGCGGAAAUCUUGUGGUGUCAAUGAGUUCACCUGUAGCAACGGCCUCUGCAUACGUAGCACCUACAGGUGUGACAGACGCAAUGACUGCGGCGACAGCAGUGAUGAACAAGGUUGCACUUACCAGCCGUGCCAGCAACAACAGUUCACCUGUCAGAACGGUCGAUGCGUGUCGCACGACUUUGUCUGCGACGGGGACAACGACUGUGGCGACGAGUCCGAUGAGCUCGAGCACAUGUGCCACGCUCCCCCACCCACGUGUCCCCCUGGCGAGUUCAAAUGCGACAAUGGACACUGCAUCCCUCUGAGCCAGGUGUGUAACCGGGAUGACAACUGCUCCGACAACAGUGACGAGAAAGGAUGCGGUAUCAAUGAGUGCACAGACCCAUCUGUCCAUCGCUGCGAUCACAACUGCUCAGACACAGCCACAAGCUUCAUCUGCACCUGCCGCCCCGGCUACCGCCUCAUGUCUGACGGCACAACUUGCGACGAUGUAAACGAGUGCGUGGAGACGCCGAGCGUGUGCAGCCAGCUUUGCGAGAACACGGUGGGCUCGUACGUCUGCAAGUGCGCGCCAGGUUUCCUCCGAGAGCCAGACGGACGUAGAUGUCGCCAGAACAGCAAUAUUUCGCCUUACCUCAUCUUCAGCAACCGCUACUACCUCAGGAACCUGUCCAUGGACGGGCAGGCCUAUUCGCUGAUACUCCAGGGCCUUACCAGUGUGGUGGCAUUAGAUUUUGACCGCGUGGAAAAGCGGUUCUAUUGGAUUGACGUGAGCCGCAGAGUGAUCGAGAGGAUGGCCUUCAAUGGCAGCAACAGGGAAGUAGUGGUCAAUGGAGUUCUGCACGGCGAGGGCCUUGCCAUCGACUGGAUCGCAAGGAAACUCUACUGGGUUGAUAGCUUCAUGGAUUGCCUUAAGGUGUCCGAAUUGGACGGACGUUUUGAGAAAAAACUGGCUGAACACUGUGCCGACUCUAACAACACUUAUUGCUUUGAGAACCCCAGGGCUAUUGUCUUGCAUCCCAAACAUGGAUAUGUUUACUGGACCGACUGGGGUGACAAAGCCUUCAUAGGCCGAGUUGGAAUGGACGGAACCAACAAAGAGGCAAUCAUCACCACUAAGAUAGAGUGGCCUAACGGCCUUACUAUAGACUACACGAAUGACAAGCUGUACUGGUCUGAUGCACAUUUAAACUACAUCGAGUACUCCGACCUAGACGGUCACCACAGGCACACGGUGUACGACGGAGUUUUGCCUCAUCCCUUUGCUGUGACCUUGUUCGAGGACACGGUUUAUUGGACGGACUGGAACACAAGAACGGUGGAAAAGGGCAACAAAUACGACGGUUCUGCUCGCCAAAUCCUGGUCAACACCACACACAGACCGUUUGAUAUUCACAUUUGCCAUCCCUAUAGACAGCCCAUCGUAAACAAUCCCUGCGCUGUGAACAAUGGAGGCUGCUCUCACCUGUGCCUCAUCCGUCACGGAGGGCGGGAACACACCUGCGAGUGCCCUGACCAUUUCCUGGCAAUGCAAAUAGGAGGAGUGACAAGAUGCCUUCCUAUGUGCACCAGCACGCAGUACAGAUGCGCCAACAAUGAACGUUGUAUCCCGAUCUGGUGGAAAUGUGACGGUCAAAGAGACUGCAGAGACGGCUCGGAUGAACCCACCACCUGCCCCUCACGCCACUGUAGGCUCGGACAGUUUCAAUGCAAUGACGCCAACUGCACCAGUCCGCACUUCCUGUGCAACGGCAAGCAGGACUGCCACAAUGGCGCCGAUGAAGAUCCUGUGUUGUGUGCGACGCACCAGUGUGAACCUUACCAGUGGCAGUGUACAAAUAAGCAGUGCAUCCCUGAGUCAUGGCAGUGUGACGGCGAGGAUGACUGCGGCGACCGUUCUGAUGAAGAUCCUUCCCAUUGUUCCACAAGGACUUGCCGUCCUGGACAGUUCAGAUGCCGCAACGGACGCUGCAUUCCCCAAAAUUGGAAGUGUGACACAGAUGACGACUGUGGGGACAACUCUGAUGAGCCUCUUGAUGAGUGCAUGGGACCAGCGUAUCGAUGUGACAACCACACCGAGUUCGACUGCAAGACCAACUACCGAUGUGUGCCUCUCUGGUCUGUUUGCAAUGGUCACGACGAUUGUAGAGACAACAGCGACGAACAGGGCUGUGAUGAGGUGACCUGCGACACCAGCGGAGACUUUAAGUGUGACAACCAUCGUUGCAUCCCGCUAAGAUGGCGCUGUGACGGUGAUGAUGACUGCGGAGACGAUUCAGAUGAACGCAGCUGCACUCCACGCGCGUGCACCGAGAGCGAGUUCCGCUGCAAUAAUCUGCACUGCAUUCCCGACCGUUGGGUCUGUGACCAUGACAACGACUGUGAAGACAACUCGGAUGAAAGGGACUGUGAGCUACGGACGUGCCAUCCUGGUUAUUUCCAAUGUGGAAGUGGACACUGUAUCGCCGAUCGCUUCAAAUGUGACGGCAACGCCGACUGCGUGGACUAUACGGAUGAGUCGUCAUGUCCGCCGCGCUUUCCAAAUGGCACCUAUUGCCCCCACUUUAUGUUUGAGUGCAAGAACCACGUCUGCGUCCAGCCUCACUGGAAGUGCGACGGGGACGACGACUGUGGGGAUAAUACUGACGAGGAGCUUCACCUCUGCUUGACCGUCCAGUGUGAGACACCGUUCCGUUUCCGCUGUGACAACAACCGUUGCAUCUACAGCCACGAACUGUGCAACUCUGUGGAUGAUUGUGGCGACGGCUCCGAUGAGAGAGAAGAAAACUGCCAAAGCCCUACACGUGGACCCUGUGCAGACGAGGAGUACAAAUGCAGUAAUCGACAAUGUAUUCCUCUUCAGUACGCCUGCGAUGAUUAUGACGACUGCGGGGACCAGUCGGAUGAAUUAGGAUGUCAUCAACACAGCGCACGCUCUUGCAGUGACCACGUAUGUGAACACAACUGUACUGACCUGACCGAUGGAGGCUUCUUGUGCUCUUGCAUGCCAGGCUACCAAGCCCGAAGUGGCCAGCGACACACCUGUGAAGAUAUCAACGAGUGUGAGGUGUAUGGAAUUUGUCCACAAGAGUGCAAAAACACAAAGGGAAGCUAUGAGUGUUUCUGCGCUGAGGGCUUUGACUCCUUUAGCGAGCCACAUGGAACCCAGUGUGCUGCUAGAGGAAAUCCACCAGUGCUUCUGCUGCCGGAUAACGUCCGUAUCCGCCGUUUCAACCUUUCAUCGGAGCAGUAUUCGGACUACGUGGACAAUGCUGAGCAUAUUCAAGCUCUAGACUACUUGUGGGAUCCAGACAAACAAGGCCUUAGUAUUGUGUACUGGACAGUCGUGGGACGAGGGUCAGAGUUUGGGUCCAUCAAACGGGCCUACAUGACCACCUUCAGUGAUAAUGGCAACAACCCGGUCAGAGACAUGGACCUCAACUUGAAAUAUGUGGCUAAUCCCGAUGGCAUCGCUGUUGACUGGGUUGGCGGCCACAUUUACUGGACUGAUGCCGGCACCAAUCGCAUUGAAGUGGCCAAAUUGGAUGGACGUUACAGGAAGUGGUUGAUCCACACUGACCUCGACCAGCCGGCUGCUAUCGUUGUCAAUCCAGCCCUCGGAACAAUGUACUGGACGGACUGGGGCAGAAGACCCAAAAUAGAGUCAGCGUGGAUGGAUGGCCAAAGCAGACAGGUGCUGGUCGGUGAAGAAGACUUGGGCUGGCCGACUGGAUUGGCUCUGGACUAUUUGAAUGCACACAGGAUCUACUGGUGUGACUCCAAGGAAAACAUCAUUGGGUCCAUGAAGCCUGAUGGCACAGACAGAAAUAUAAUUAUAUCUGGAGACAUUGGCAAUCCCUUUAGUUUGGACCUUUUUGAGGGCCAUGUGUACUGGACAACAAAGGAAAAAGGAGAAGUGUGGAAAACAAAUAAGUUUGGCAAAGGAAACAAAGUCAAAGUAUUAACCAUCAACCCCUGGUUGACCCAGGUCCGCAUUUACCAGGAGCACCGACACAACCACUCAGUACCCAAUCCUUGUAAAAGCGUGUGCAGUCACCUGUGUCUCCUCCGCCCUGGUGGCUACACUUGUGCCUGUCCGCAAGGUUCCUCCACAUUGGAUUUCCAUUCACGUGAAUGUGACGCAGCCAUUGAGGCGCCUGUUGCAAUGCCUCUUGCGUGCAGAUGUAUGAAUGGUGGGACCUGCUACACAGAUGAAGGUGGUCUACCCAAUUGCAAAUGCCCUUAUGGUUAUUUGGGUAGCUACUGUGAAAUGGGCCAGUCACGAAGCGCUCCAACUGGAACAGCUGUGGCAGUUCUACUGUCAGUCAUCAUCAUAAUAAUUACUGGAGCUUUGGCAGUCGGUGUCUUUCUCAACUACAAACGAACUGGAUCCUUCAUCCCUUCUAUGCCCAAACUGCCCAGCCUCAGCAGUCUGGUGAAGUCGAGUGAUACAGGGAACGGAGUGAUGUUUCACUCUGGUGAUAAUGUGGAUUUCGGACCGACGCACAUUGGAGUGUCAUUUAUUGAUACCGUGCAGAUGGAUGAUCAUUUUGCCAUGGAAGCAGCGAGGCAUCCCGUUACCUUUGAAAACCCGUUGUACGCCAACACAGCCGACUUGGCCGGCGAUCCAGCUGUCAUUCACGCCUCGCAGGUGACUGUUAAUGUAAGUGGGGAGAAAUUACAAAACAACUUUGUGAACCCGGUAUUUCACGCAGAGCAGAGCGGGGGCCUCGUGAACACGUCAGCUGUUGCGACCAAACCUGUACAGGAGUCAAAAUGGAGUGCAUUCAAGCGCAAAAUGAAGCCUGAAAACCAGUCCUACUCCAAGAUGAGGGACGAUAAGUGUGAAGGAAGCAGAGGCGCAGACAGCUCGAGAGCUGAGCGUCCACCCCCCAAACCUCAAAGGAGGGACCAUCAUCACCAUCAUCAUCAUCCGAGCACCUUUUCACCGACUGAGGACAGUUUCAAAGACACAGCCACGCUCGUUAAAGAGGACAGUGACGUAUAA